GUGAAUCAUAAAGAGGCUGGUUCUUUGAUUGUGUCCUUUCGCAAAAAUGGAGGGCCGGGCAGUUAGGAAGGACGGAUCGCUUGCCCAAAAUGUCCGUGGCUUUGAUGAAUGUAGUCCAAAAACAACUGAUUCACGCGAAACAACAGUUGAUGCGCCUAUAGAUAAGCUAGGACCAUUUGGAAGAUGGAUACGCCAUAGAUUACUGGCAAGUAUAUUGAUUGGAACGCCAGUUUUGGUUGCAGUGCAGGUGAGACGUCAUCCACUGGCCACAAAAAUCCUCAGAGUUGCAAGUCUUUUUGGAACAGAAGAAUUUUAUGGUCUUUUAGUUUGUUUCUUGACCUGGAUUGUUGAUAUAAGACUUGCCAGGCUGUGUUGUAUUCUUAUGGCUGUUGGGUUCUAUGCUGCCAAUUUUCUCAAGAACAGCCUGUGCUUGCCAAGGCCACCAAGUCCCCCAGUUAACCCCCUGGAGCCUUCUUUUAACACAUGGGCCCUUCCAAGUCAUCAUGCAGUUCUUGCUGUUGUAGUCCCAUGGUACAUCUGGUUCUACUCCUAUCUCCAUUACAAUCUCACCACAGUCCAAUAUGUCAUCCUAUUUUGUUUCAUUGUUACCUGGUCGUUUUCCGUCAUGCUUAGUCGGAUAUACCUUGGUGUUCACAGCCCUGCUGAUGUUGUUGCAGGAAGUCUCCUUGGUUGCCUUGCAUUGUCGGCUUGGCUGCACUAUGAUGAUAUUCUUGAUCGGGCUACUGCUGUCAGUGGGCAAGGAGCAAUGCUAGUGCCGGUAUACGUCAUAAUUAUGUUAUUUAUCCACCCAAGACCUGACCUAGAGACACUUUCAUUCACAGAAUCGGUAUGCAUGUCCGGUGUAGCAGUAGGGUUCGUUCUCGCUCGCACUAUGGUCAGCGGGCCUCACCCACCCUUCAAAGGGAUUAUUGACUCAAUUAAUAACAGCUCGUCAUCCUGGUCGGUGAUAUUCCUUUUUAUGGUUCUACGGUUCUUUCUUGGUGGCGCUCUAGUUUUGACUAGUCGCUUUUUGGUGAAGAAGAUGACGAGUGUUGUCUUUCCAAUGUUUUUACGGAUAACAGGGAUUGAAUAUUACCAUGGUAGCAGUACUCGAAUCCCGUUCUUUACGGGAUACCACAAAGGAUUCAAGUUGCCCCCUGUUACUUCGAACAAAGAAAAAGAGGAAAAGACACAAGAAUCGAAUGCCGGCAGUCGUGGAAGCAGCCCCUGGGAUGUCGAUGUUGCAAUCAGAUUCGUGACGUACACAGCAAUGGGUUAUGCCUGCAAUUAUAUUGCCCCUAUGCUGUUCCUCCAUCUUGGAAUCGUCGUAUGAAAAUUUUGAUUUUAUAACUUUCGUCUUCUGUUUAAAGAUAAUUAUGAUGAGUGAUUUGCUUUGAAGUGGAUCCCUCAUUGACAAUCAUAGACUUAAUUGUCACUGUAUUGGUUUGAAAUUUGUUUUUGUAAUUAUUUUUUUGUGCGGCCAAAGCCUCAAUCUAACGGUCUUGUAGCUGAAUGGUUUUCCUGUUUUUGUUUCCACUACGUGGAUGCUACUUGCAAUGCAAGGUUCCAAACUAUUUUCUUUGUCACAUGUCGGGUUUCUGCCUCUCUAUUUGCUCAAUUUUGAGAACAUAAAAUUUUCUUUGGUUUUGCUGAGGGCUCCAACGUAUGUUAAAAUGCGGAGAAGAUUAACAUUUCAGUCAAAGGUAUAUGAAGUCUAUUAAAUUUUCGGUCGAAGCAGGCACCUGAACUUCAGUUUUGAGCAAAAGUAACAAUCAGAAAUUAAAAACAAGUUAAGAUGAAUACUGUAGAAUUGUUUUACUACUUAUGAAUGAAUCCCCUUUCUAAUUCGUUUCCCACUAGAGGAGAGAUGCGUGUGUAUUCCACGAUAAAAUACCCUGUGAAUUUUGAACCUUUUUUCGAAAAGUCUCUUGAGCCUUGUUUAAAAAUCUCCCCUUGAGCUGAGGGACAAAAAUUUCCAAGCUUUUUUCCCGAUUUUUCGACCUAUUAUUGUGACAAUAAGCGUAGCAUUUGGUAUCCUAGUAAGUAAGAUGACCAAACAGUCUCUCUGUACACAUCCUAAUUUUACAAUUAUAUAACAGAGUUGAAUAAAAUCUUCUCAAUCUUGUUGUUAGAUUUCGUGUUGUGAUUAUGUACCACUGAUGUGGUAAAAGCGUGUUUGUUUUGUAUCGGUUAGAAUAUAUGGACUACAUGUUAUUGUGCGUUGAAAGGAACUAAAGACAAGAAUUUAUAAAGUUGUAAACUGUUAUCAGUAUUUCCAAUCGGUUAGGAUGCGUUUUCUCUGGUUUUUUGCAUUUCGUUACUCAGGUAACCUACUCGAUAGAAAGUAGCUGGUCAUCGAGAAUUUGAUAUCAGUUUCCCAUUCUUAUUCUUUAUUGAUAUUUUCGUUUUUGGGCAGCCCGUCGCUAUCGUCAGGUAGCUCAAUACAUCCCAAAAACAUUGAAAGCACGUGAAGGUCUGAUUACAAGGGUCAUGUGUGUUAAUGGAAAAUUGUUAAUUAACUUAAUUCUUAACCAUUACAUUUAAUUUGAUUGAUUCCACAGUGAUUUAGUAGAUGUCACACUCAUUCGUUUUCUCAAGCAGUUAAGCUUGAUUCUUAAUGAUGAACUUCUUUGCCAGCUUUUAAUUAUUAAUUUGUUUACCCAGUUUGACAACAUUCACUUUGUUUAAAGUUCCAUGUUUUCGUCAAAUUCUUGAUUUACUUUUUUGAUUUGAUGUUUGCUCCCCCAUCGUACCCCAAUGUUCCCCCACAUGCCUCCAUGGUCUUCCGCGUACCAUCAUGCUCCCAAACGUACCCUCGUGUUCCCAAACGUACCCCCCCCCCAAUGCUCCCCCAAGAUCUCUCAUGCUGUCCCACCCACCCCACACACAACCUCAACUUAUUAUAAUGGCCACGCAAAAACGAGUGUAAUUAACAUCAGCCAUCGCUCUCACCUGACUAUACUAUUGAUUUGGAAUAAUGAUAACCGAAGGAGAACCGGCAGGUCGUGCUGUAAGAUCGUUGCUUCUUGAGAUAGUUCCACUGGAAACAAAAUCCUUAUUGGUAUUCAUGUAAAUCGUUCUUUGUCAAAUUAGUUCUUCGACGGAAAAGAAAAUUUACCUUUAUUAUUAAGAUUUGUUUCAUGCGAGUAGUAAUAUAGAAUCUAUGAAAGAAUUUUAACGGUAGUCUACGUAAACAAUAGAUACAUUGAAGUAAACGAAAAAUAUAAGAAAUUAUGCGUUUGAUGGAUGUUUUGGUUGCUGAAAAA